AUGGCGUCCCUCCCCCCGCCACCUCCUCCGGGAUGGGGAGCUGCACCUCCACCGUCGAUGCCUCUUGCACCUCCGCCGCCGGGUUAUCGACCGGCGCCAAACCCGAUGCUCGCUAAGUUCGAACAGAAGAAGAAAGAAUGGCUCCGGAGCCAGCGCAAUCGCUUUGGAGAGAAAAGAAAGGCGGGAUUUGUUCAGUCCCAAAAGGAUGAUAUGCCGCCAGAACAUCUUCGGAAGAUUGUUAAAGAUAUUGGCGACGUGUCGCAAAAGAAAUUCAGUACCGAUAAGCGCAGCUAUCUUGGAGCUUUGAAGUUCAUGCCACAUGCCGUAUUGAAGCUUCUGGAGAAUAUGCCUAUGCCUUGGGAGUCAGCGAGGGAAGUCAAGGUUCUUUACCACGUCAACGGCUGUCUGACCCUGGUUAAUGAGACGCCGCGAGUUAUAGAACCAGUCUUCCAUGCACAAUGGGCGGCGAUGUGGGUAUGUAUGCGACGUGAGAAAAGUGACAGACGGCAUUUUAAACGUAUGCGAUUUCCUCCUUUUGACGACGAAGAGCCUCCGCUAUCAUGGUCAGAAAAUAUCGAGGACGUUGAACCGCUCGAGCCAAUUCAAAUGGAGCUUGAUGAGGCGGAGGAUAGUCCAGUUUUUGAGUGGUUUUAUGAUCAUAGACCUCUGCUCGAUACCCCUCAUGUCAACGGACCAAGCUAUAAGGAAUGGAACCUUACUCUACCGCAGAUGGCUACCCUCUACCGACUAAGUCAUCAACUUCUCAGUGACGUUGUGGACAAGAAUUACUUCCACAUGUUUGAACUGAACAGCUUUUUAACUGCAAAGGCUUUGAAUGUUGCCAUUCCUGGCGGACCCAGGUUUGAACCUCUUUACAAAGAUAUUGACCCCAACGAUGAAGAUUUCGGCGAAUUUAAUGCGAUUGACCGCAUCAUAUUCCGAGCCCCGAUAAGAACAGAAUACAGAGUUGCAUUCCCAUAUCUCUACAACUCUCUGCCAAGGAGUGUGAAAAUUUCUUGGUAUUCGCAUCCUCAAGGGGUCUAUGUCAGAACUGAGGACCAUAAUCUUCCAGCAUUCUAUUUUGAUCCUAUCAUAAACCCAAUAUCCUCUCGAUCUGUUGCGCCACAGAAUAUAACAGUCAGUCACGAAGAUGAGAUCUUUGGCCAUGGUAACGAUGAAGAUGACUUUGAGCUCCCUGCAGCUGUUGAGCCAUUUUUAGCGGAUGAGGAGCUAUACACAAGCGAGACAUCAUCUGCCAUUAGCUUAUGGUGGGCUCCUUAUCCAUUCGACCGACGAUCUGGAAGAAUGGUUCGUGCGCAAGACGUGCCCCUGGUAAAACAAUGGUAUUUGGAACAUUGCCCUCAGGGCCAGCCGGUUAAAGUUCGAGUAUCCUACCAAAAGCUACUCAAGACAUAUGUUCUCAAUGAACUUCAUAAGCGGAAACCCAAGGCUCAGAAUAAACAGAACCUUUUGAGAACGUUAAAAGGCACCAAGUUCUUUCAACAAACUACUAUCGACUGGGUUGAGGCUGGCCUUCAAGUUUGUCGCCAGGGGUUUAACAUGCUGAACUUACUUAUCCACCGGAAGAAUUUGACCUACUUGCACUUGGACUACAACUUCAACCUUAAACCAGUGAAGACUUUAACCACAAAGGAACGAAAGAAAUCUCGGUUCGGAAACGCUUUCCACCUGAUGAGAGAAAUUCUCCGUUUAACGAAGUUGAUUGUUGAUGCUCAAGUUCAAUACCGUUUGGGAAAUAUUGACGCUUUUCAGCUCGCGGAUGGCAUCCUCUAUGCUUUCAACCAUGUCGGUCAGUUGACCGGAAUGUACCGAUAUAAAUACAAGCUCAUGCACCAGAUUCGAUCAUGCAAGGACUUGAAACAUCUUAUUUACUACCGGUUCAAUUCCGGUUCAGUCGGCAAAGGCCCUGGGUGCGGUUUUUGGGCACCUGCCUGGAGAGUCUGGCUCUUCUUCCUUCGCGGUAUAAUCCCUCUCCUCGAGAGGUGGCUUGGCAAUCUCCUGUCAAGACAAUUUGAAGGCCGUCAUAGUAAGGGUGUCGCCAAGACUGUCACUAAACAGCGUGUUGAAUCUCACUUUGAUUUGGAACUCCGAGCUUCUGUCAUGGCAGAUUUGAUGGAUAUGAUGCCAGAAGGUAUCAAACAAAACAAGGUUAAUACUGUCCUUCAGCAUUUGUCGGAGGCGUGGAGAUGUUGGAAGAGCAAUAUUCCCUGGAAAGUACCUGGUCUGCCAGCUCCCAUUGAAAAUAUCAUCCUACGUUACGUAAAGAGCAAGGCAGACUGGUGGAUAUCAGUUGCUCAUUACAACAGAGAGAGAAUUCGUCGCGGAGCUACUGUUGAUAAAACCGUCGCCAAAAAGAACCUUGGAAGAUUAACCCGUUUGUGGCUUAAAGCUGAACAGGAAAGACAGCAUAACUACAUGAAGGACGGUCCUUAUGUGUCUUCAGAAGAGGCCGUUGCUAUUUAUACAACAACAGUUCACUGGCUGGAAUCGCGAAAGUUUUCGCCGAUUCCUUUUCCUAGCGUGUCAUAUAAACAUGAUACUAAGAUUCUGAUCCUAGCCCUCGAACGGUUGCGCGAGGCUUACUCGGUCAAAGGUCGUUUGAACCAGAGCCAGCGAGAGGAACUUGCCCUGAUUGAACAGGCUUAUGAUUCUCCUGGCACGACUCUCGCGAGAAUUAAAAGAUUUCUUCUUACCCAACGAGCUUUCAAGGAAGUUGGUAUUGACAUGAAUGAUAACUACAGCCAUAUCAACCCGGUGUACGACAUUGAGCCCAUCGAAAAGAUCACAGAUGCCUACCUCGACCAAUAUCUCUGGUACCAAGCUGACCAACGACACUUGUUCCCAGCCUGGAUCAAGCCAUCUGAUUCAGAAGUACCGCCUCUCUUGACAUAUAAAUGGGCCCAAGGUAUCAAUAAUCUUUCCAAUGUUUGGGAGACUGCUGACGGUGAAUGCAAUGUCAUGAUUGAGACCCAGCUAUCUAAAGUAUAUGAGAAGAUUGAUUUGACAUUACUAAACCGUCUUCUCCGACUCAUCAUGGAUCAUAACCUGGCUGAUUAUAUCACUUCGAAGAACAACGUCCAACUUAACUACAAGGACAUGAACCAUACCAACAGUUACGGUUUGAUACGAGGCCUCCAGUUCUCUGGCUUCGUAUUCCAGUACUACGGCUUGGUCAUCGACUUGCUCCUUCUCGGUCUGCAGAGAGCAAGUGAAAUUGCUGGCCCACCACAGAGUCCAAAUGAUUUUUUGCAGUUCAGAGAUCGUGCUACCGAAAGCAAACACCCUAUUCGUCUUUAUACUAGAUAUAUUGACAAGAUUUGGGUAUUCUUCCGGUUCUCAGCGGAUGAGUCGCGUGAUUUGAUUCAACGUUUCUUGACAGAGCAACCUGACCCAAAUUUUGAGAAUGUUAUUGGCUACAGAAACAAAAAAUGCUGGCCAAGAGAUUCUAGAAUGCGUCUUAUGAGACACGAUGUGAACCUUGGCCGUGCUGUUUUCUGGGACCUGAAAAAUCGCCUCCCACGGUCCAUCACGACUAUUGAAUGGGACGACACAUUUGCAAGUGUCUACAGCAAGGAUAACCCAAACCUAUUAUUUUCCAUGUGUGGUUUCGAAGUUCGUAUCUUGCCGAAAAUCCGUAACCAAAAUGAAGAAUUCUCUGUUAAGGAUAGUGUGUGGUCUCUAUCAGACAACACCACUAAAGAGCGAACUGCAUAUGCUUUCCUUCAGGUCACAGAGGAAGAUAUUCAAAAGUUCAAUAAUCGCAUCCGGCAGAUCCUCAUGUCCUCCGGCUCUACUACCUUUACGAAGAUUGCCAACAAAUGGAAUACCAGUCUGAUUGCUCUUUUUACAUACUACAGAGAAGCUGCUGUCUCCACUGUCAACUUACUGGACACUAUUGUUAAAUGUGAGACGAAAAUUCAAACCCGAGUCAAGAUUGGUCUCAACUCGAAGAUGCCCUCACGCUUCCCUCCAGCUGUCUUUUACACUCCCAAAGAACUAGGAGGCUUGGGUAUGAUUUCCGGGUCACACAUUCUUAUUCCCACCAGUGAUAAGCGAUGGUCAAAGCAGACAGACACUGGCGUCACUCACUACCGGGCGGGUAUGUCUCACGACGAGGAGACCUUGAUUCCAAAUAUCUUUAGAUAUAUAAUUCCUUGGGAAGCUGAGUUCAUUGACUCUCAACGCGUAUGGAUGGAAUACUCUCAGAAGCGUCAGGAAGCCAAUCAACAAAACCGCAGGCUGACUCUUGAGGACCUGGAGGAUAGCUGGGAUCGCGGACUUCCCCGAAUAAACACCCUUUUCCAGAAAGACCGCAGUACGCUGAGUUUUGACAAAGGUUUCCGUGCUAGAACCGAGUUUAAGAUAUACCAGCUGAUGAAGAGCAAUCCAUUCUGGUGGACAAGUCAAAGACAUGAUGGAAAGUUGUGGAACCUCAAUGCCUAUAGAACCGAUGUUAUCCAAGCUUUGGGUGGUGUUGAAACAAUUCUGGAGCACACUCUCUUUAAAGCCACAGCAUUCCCAUCUUGGGAAGGCCUCUUUUGGGAACGGGCGUGCCUUGCAAAGGGCACGAUGCUACUUCGAUAUGAUCACUCACAAGUUGCUGUCGAAGACGUUAAAGAAGGUGAUCUACUUCUUGGCCCAGAUGGAGGACCUCGACGCGCUUUCAACAUCGUCAGUGGCGAGGAUCGGCUCUAUCGCAUCAAGUUUGGGGAUCGCAAGGACGACCUUGUUGUUACAGCAAACCACAUCCUCGUCUUACACAAAGAAAAGAGUAGGACUGAUGAAUAUGAAGCCAACAUUGAUCCUUUAGAAAAGGAUGCUGAAGAAUUCGUUGUCGCACCCGCUUCUCAAGAGGCUCCAACACCUGAGCGAUAUGAAACCGUUGAGAUGACCGCUGCCGAGUUUUACGCUUUGAAGCACGAGGAGAGGUGCAAGUACAUGCUUUUCAACUCCCCUGGUUUCGAUCUCGCAGAACAAUCAGUGCCCUGUAACCCAUACUUCCUUGGGCUCUGGCUUGGAGAUGAAAAACGCCGUAGUGCACCUAUUCAUGACUACUCCCAUGAGGCAGAUGUUCGAGGUUUCCUAGUUAGACAUGCCGCGGAGCUCGAUUUACAUGGUCAGUUAGGGUUGCAGACCACUGAAGCGCCCAGGACUAAUGCAGAGGGACACACACCCCGGCAGUCAAUCAUUUCACGGCGCCUUGCUGCUGGAUGGACGUUCCAGACUGGUAUUUGGGAACCUCCUACUGAAAAUCCCACCUACAGAGGUGUGUCUUCCCAGGCUCGGCCCGAUGACAAACCCAUGGGUCUCAUUAAAGAUCCAGAAACUGUCAAAAAGGGCGACCUGGACAGCUAUCUAGACAUCCUGGGAACUGUGAAUGAGACCGAUGACAGCCAACUUGACGGCAACCUUCCACAGACUCAGCGAAGUGUUCGUCUUCAGACCGGCCUUAGUGCCUACGGUACUCUUCAGGAAGAAGAACAGGACCAACUUCUUGAACAGGUCACCGGAAAGUCUCAGGGCAACCCAGGUGUUAAUUCGCUUCUUCAAGCACUUCGUGGAGUUGGCGUUAUCGCUGAGCCUGAAUCAAUUGGUCCGAAGGAUGGUCGUAAGCGUAUUCCUGCCGUUUACAUAAACAAUUCGCGUGCUGUCCGACUGGCCGUCCUCGCCGGUUUGUUGGAUAGCGAUGGAUGGCUCAUCUACCCAGAGAACAUGUUUGGCUUCAGCCAGAGCGAACAAUGCAAUUCAGCAUUGUUCUGGGAUACUGUCGCACUGGCACGCUCCCUUGGCUUCAGUGUAUCGACUACACGAAGAAUGAUGUGGAAUUCUACCCAUGCCAUGCAACGCCCUCAGCUAUUUGCAGAAAUAUCUGGCAAUCUGAAAGAAAUUCCAUGCCUCCUAUCUCGAAAAAUGGCUAUGGAUCUAGUCAUUCCCCAGAAUUAUAGCUUUAUAAUCAAGGACAUCACACUAGAGCGCGAGAUCACUGGAUGGGCUGGUUUCCGAGUUGAUAAAGAUCAGCUAUAUCUACGACACGAUUAUCUUGUCCUUCAUAACAGUGGAUUCGAAGAGUCAAUGAAGUUUAAGAAGCUGACAAAUGCCCAGCGGUCCGGUUUAAACCAAAUUCCUAACCGUCGCUUCACUCUAUGGUGGUCUCCGACUAUAAAUCGAGCAAACGUCUACGUUGGUUUCCAGGUGCAGCUUGAUCUAACUGGUAUUUUCUUGCAUGGCAAAAUUCCAACUCUGAAAAUAUCUUUGAUCCAGAUAUUCAGAGCGCAUUUGUGGCAGAAAAUCCACGAAUCUGUUGUUAUGGAUUUGUGUCAAGUUUUUGACCAGGAGCUAGAGCAGCUUGGUAUUGAAACGGUGCAAAAGGAGACAAUCCAUCCACGAAAAUCUUAUAAGAUGAACAGCUCGUGCGCUGACAUUCUCUUGUUUGCAACUCACAAAUGGAAUGUGACAAGGCCCUCCCUUUUAUUCGACACAAAGGAUGUGAUUGAAGCAACUACCACCAACAAGUUCUGGCUUGACGUGCAGCUCAGAUAUGGAGAUUAUGACUCGCACGACAUUGAACGUUACGUACGCGCCAAAUAUCUCGAUUAUACGACCGACAGUAUGAGUAUUUAUCCUUCUGCUACUGGUCUGAUGAUUGGUAUCGACCUAGCGUACAACCUUUACUCUGCUUACGGACAAUACUUCCCUGGCCUGAAAGCACUCAUCCAACAGGCCAUGGCAAAAAUUAUGAAAGCUAAUCCUGCUUUAUAUGUCCUGAGAGAGCGUAUCCGCAAGGGUCUGCAGCUCUAUGCUUCUGAGAGCAACCAAGAGUUCUUAAACUCUCAAAACUACUCCGAGCUGUUUAGCAACCAGAUUCAGUUAUUUAUUGACGAUACGAAUGUCUACCGCGUGACCAUCCACAAGACAUUUGAAGGAAACUUGACGACUAAGCCAAUCAAUGGUGCAAUUUUCAUUUUCAAUCCAAGAACCGGCCAACUUUUCUUGAAGAUCAUUCAUACCAGUGUCUGGGCUGGCCAAAAACGUUUGGGUCAAUUAGCCAAAUGGAAGACAGCCGAAGAAGUUGCUGCCCUUAUCCGGUCAUUGCCUGUUGAAGAGCAACCUAAACAGCUUAUUGUAACCAGAAAAGGCCUUCUCGAUCCUCUUGAGGUCCAUCUUCUUGAUUUCCCGAACAUCUCAAUUCGAGCCUCAGAGUUGCAGCUCCCAUUCCAAGCAGCAAUGAAGAUUGAAAAGCUCGCUGAUAUGAUUCUGAAGGCCACCGAGCCGCAGAUGGUUCUCUUCAACCUAUAUGACGAGUGGCUCAAGACUAUCUCUUCAUACACUGCAUUCUCUCGACUCGUUCUGAUUCUUCGAGCUUUGCAUGUGAAUAUUGAAAAGACCAAGAUCCUUCUGCGACCCGAUAAGACUGUUAUUACGCAGGAGCAUCAUAUCUGGCCGACACUGUCGGAUGAAGACUGGAUAAAACUUGAAGUCCAACUUCGGGACCUGAUUUUGAAUGACUACGGAAAGAAAAAUAAUGUCAAUGUCCAAAGUCUUACAGGAAGUGAGGUUCGAGAUAUCAUCCUGGGUAUGGAAAUCAGUGCACCAUCCCUCCAGCGCCAGCAAGCUGCCGAGAUGGAGAAGCAGCAGCAGGAACAGAAACAGUUGACUGCUGUUACAACCAAGACUCAAAACGUCCGUGGUGAGGAGAUCAUUGUUACCACUACUUCCCAGUACGAGCAGCAAUCAUUUGCAUCCAAGACGGAAUGGCGAACUCGAGCAAUUGCCACCUCCAACCUACGCACACGAGCCAACAACAUUUACAUCUCUUCCGAGGAUAUCCAGGAAGACGGUCAUUUCACUUAUAUUAUGCCAAAGAACAUCUUGAAACGGUUCAUUAUGAUUUCUGACCUUCGCGUCCAAGUUGCUGGGUACCUAUAUGGAAGCUCUCCUCCAGAUAACGACCAGGUCAAGGAGAUCCGGACAAUUGUCAUGAUACCACAGGUUGGUAAUACACGGGAUAUACAGCUUCCGCAACAACUGCCUCAGCAUGAGUACUUGAAUGGUCUCGAGCCACUUGGAAUCAUCCAUACCUUAUCCGGCAACGAACCGACAUACAUGACAGCAAUGGAUGUGACGCAGCACUCACGGUUAAUGAACGCACAUUCAUCAUGGGACAAAAAGACUGUGACGAUGACUGUUUCAUUCACCCCAGGCUCCGUUUCGCUUUCGGCCUGGGCUCUCACUCCUCAAGGCUAUAAGUGGGGCGCCGAGAACAAGGACACAACAUCCGAUCAACCGCAAGGCUUUUCGACCAACAUGGGUGACAAGUGCCAGCUCCUGCUCAGUGACAGGAUUCGUGGAUAUUUCCUUGUCCCUGAGAACAAUGUCUGGAACUACAGUUUCAUGGGAAGUUCUUUCAGCAGUGUGGAGAAGCGGCCUAUCUAUGUCAAGGUCGAUACUCCGAUGGUAAGCUCCCCCAGUCUUCUCCUACAAUUUACGAUAUUUAAAUAG